ACCAAAAACCCCCCACUCUCCAAACUCCCCCUUCUCCCCUCCAGCAUAUCUCUCUCUCUCUCUCUCCGCGCCCCGAACCCGCCCCCCUCUGUCUCUCUGUGUGUAUGUGUGUGUGUGGGUAUGAUUUUCAGCGCCAUGGAAGCCCAAAAUCUCAAAAAACAGGAGCAAGAAGGAAAAAGUACUAGUGCAGCCAGUAGCCCAAGCAGAACCGCGGCAAACUCUUCAGCACAGUCUCCACCAUCACCAUCUUCAUCCCCCACCCACGACUUCGAAUUCACCAUCUCUCUGUGCCCUUCCUUGUCCCUCGACAAGCACCGGCCGCCGUCCUAUGAGAUCGAUCUCUGCCCAGCUGACGACCUCUUCUACCAGGGCCACCUCCUCCCGCUCCACUAUCACCAUCUGUUCAGCACCCCUCGCUCUUCCUGCACUUCCAAGGACGAGAGCAGCCAUCACCACCACGACCACCGGCCGCAGCAGCCCUGCCACCAAGAGUCAAUGGACCAGAACGACAAGAAGAGCAGUGCGGAGGGGAGAUCGAGCUCGGAGGAUGCCGAGAAUUCAAGGAAGACGAAACAAAAGUCCUUCUCAUUGUUCACUCUGAAGAAGGGGUCUAAGUUGGGAUUGAGAUCGGCCAAGGAGGUGAUUGAGAGGUACGUGAGGAUGGUGAAGCCUUUCUUUGCGAGGAAGAGCAAGGAGGCAGAGGACCAGAGGUUUGGAUACUAUGGAAGGAACAGGCAGAAAUGGAGCGGGCAUGCUUCUCAGUCCUUCUCCAACCAGCGGUGCCGAUCUUCUGCACCGUGCUCCACCAUGACAUCCCCUGGCAACAGUGGAAUACUAUGUGCCAUACCGUCUUCAAGUGACAGCACCAUGGAGGAUCUCCAGAAUGCUAUACAGGCGGCCAUCGCCCACUGCAAGAAUUCCAUCGCUAUCAAGGAAGAGAAGAGUUAGGCAGAAGGAGAACGUUAAUUUUUUUUUAUCUUUUCCUGUUUUCUUCUCUUUCCUUUUUUCCUUAUAUUUCUCUUCGGUUUGUUCUGCAUGAAGCGUGCAACUAAUGGAGAGACGCGCUACUAAUAUUCAUUAUUUAUCUCUGUAUGUUCAAUAAAAUGAGACGAUACCAUAAAUCUCAA